CACGAGAACACACCGACUGAAGUUGAAGUAGCUCCCGUUUCUCCACGAUUUCAAUUUGGACAAUCGCUACGGAUUUCAGGGUUCACAUUGGCUAAGGAAUUUAGGCACCAAAAGGAAGAGCGCAACAACGCACGGUUUACAGAAAUUCAGCUUUGCAUUUGACCGUGCGUAGUUCCACAGCAUCGAGAUUAUUGGUAACCAUCUUAAACUUUUCUUUGAUUAUUUAUACGAAGUUUCUAGUACUACUUCAAAACGAGGACGUGGAUAUUUUUGUCAAACUUUUUUGCCAUUGCGCUGAUAGUCUAACUAAUGACGGCAGAGGUCCAGCAGCCCCCAGCGCAGACUCCUGCCCAGAGCAGCCCGAUGUCUGCCCCAGAGAAGCCCCACGGACAGACCACUGUGAUGGAGACCGCCUCCUCCACCACCAAAACCAAAAAGACCAACGCGGGGAUCCGCCGCCCAGAGAAYCCCCCCUACUCUUACAUUGCGCUGAUAGUCAUGGCUAUCCAGAGCUCUCCCACCAAACGCCUGACGCUCAGUGAAAUUUACCAGUUCCUACAGAGCCGCUUCCCGUUUUUCAGAGGCUCUUACCAAGGAUGGAAGAAUUCCGUGCGUCACAACUUGUCCCUGAAUGAGUGCUUCAUAAAGCUGCCCAAGGGGCUCGGYCGGCCCGGGAAGGGCCACUACUGGACUAUCGACCCAGCCAGUGAGUUCAUGUUCGAGGAGGGAUCCUUCCGCAGGAGGCCGCGGGGCUUCAGGCGUAAAUGCCAGGCGRUGAAGCCCAUGUACAGCAUGAUGAACGGCCUGGGAUUCAACCACCUCCCCGAGUCCUAUAACUUCCAGGGGAGCGGCGGGGGCCUGUCCUGUCCGCCCAACGGCUUGUCUCUGGACAGCGGGAUUGGMAUGAUGAAUGGACACUUGGCAGGCAACAUGGAGGGGAUGGGUCUGGCCGGGCACUCCAUGUCCCACUUGUCYGCCAACAGRGGACAUUCCUACAUGGGYAGCUGCACAGGAUCCACGGGGGGCGAGUACCCCCACCACGACAAUUCAGGCUCGCCCCUCCUCACCAGCGGGGGAGUGAUGGAGCCGCAUCCCGUCUACUCAAGCUCGGCCUGGGCUCAAGCGCCUUCAUCCUCUCUGAAUAACGGAGGUUCUUACAUCAAGCAGCAGCCACUGUCUCCCUGCAACCCCGGGGCGAACCCGCUGCAGCCCAGUUUACCCACGCACUCUCUAGACCAGUAUAAUCUUCAUCAGAACGGACACAGUAACACGGAUUUGCAAGGUAUUCCACGGUACCAUUCUCAGUCUCCCAGUAUGUGUGACCGGAAGGAGUUCGUCUUCUCCUUCAACGCGAUGACGUCUUCAACGAUGCAUUCGCCCAGCAGCAGUUCCUACUAUCACCACCAACAGGUCGCCUACCAGGACAUCAAGCCCUGCGUCAUGUGACAGCCCUUACAGUGAAUAACGGACAUCACUGACUUGAGCCACUAAAGCCAAAGCGGCUGCAGGGCUGAGACGAGGAAGCAACCCAACCCUUGGAGGCAGGAGAGAAGGCAGGCCCUGGAGCGCGCUGUAAGAGAAGCAACAGUCACGCCAGAGAACCCAUAAACUAAACAACUUUUCACACAAAAAAGGAUUUGGUACAGAAAAAUAAAUACGUGCAAAUGCAGAUUUAGUUCAACUUCAAUGUUUAUCUCUCUCAGAAACCAAAAAGGGUGUGGGAAUAUCACAGAACAACCUUGUGGUGUAGAGGCCUAAGCUGUAGGCUAUUUUCAAGAAAUGUCUGUGUGCCACACAAGAGGUAAAGCAGAGACCGGUUGACACUCACCUCAUGCAUCUCAACCCCAGCUGCCGCUUGGUACUAUAACUCUGCGGGCGGAUGACUACCACUUGAGAAUAUUUUACAAUG